UUUAUAUAGUUGCAUAUAUUUUGCAUAAGAAUUCAAAUACCACAUGAUUCAAGCUACAAAGAUGAUCCAAAAUUAAAUAAUGGUAAAUUAUACAAUAUUACUUAUCUAUGAAAGAAAAGCACAGAUCACUUGACUGGUGUAAAGAUAAGAUGUGUUGUGUUUAAAUAUCGACUAUGUUCGCUAGACCGAAAGACUAACACGAUUUGGACACAAUCGCGAGUUCUGGCAGCUAGAUUAACAGAUAUGCUGUGCAAAUAUCCACCUAAUUAUGUGCUACACUAUGAUCGUACGAUACUGUACUCGUUACUCUCUUGGAAAAUGUGUCCAUUCGCUCUUCGUGCACAUGGUUUACGGUUUAAACAAACGAACAUAAAAUUGGGGAGAGCACAUAAAACUGUGGAAUAAAAGUGUAAUACUUCUACAGUGUAUCUGUGGGUCACAGGUACAGAUAAUUCUUUUAUUUUACUAACAAUAAAAUCGGAUAUAUAUAUAUAUAUAUAUCGAAUCCAAUUUGUAGCAUAAAAUUAUUCAAUUUAUUAAUAUAUUAAUUUGUAAUAUAAAGAUAUUUACAAUUAUAUUUUUAUGGCUGAUAAAAAUUGUAAUUGUCUUUUCUUACAAAAUAACACAUGCAUAAUUCAUAGUACAACGGGUAUUGUAAAACGGAUUAUAAACUUUUAAAUUUUAGCUAUAAACUUAAUCGCUUUAAAAUAUUGACCUACAUAAAAUGAAUGAAUACUCGUAAAUCCAAUUUCAUAAAAAUCGGAUAUAAGGAAUUAUUGAUAAUAUUGUCUAAAAAGAGAUAUUGUAUGUAUAUAUUGGUUAUACAUUCGAAUCAAUGUUAUAUGUUCUAUCUAUCUAUAAAAGAAUUACUACGACAUAAAAUAUUAUAUCCAAAUUAGAACUUUUUAUCGAAAUUUAUUUGAAUGUAGGCAGCGUUAAGGAAGAUAAUGAACAUAUAACACAUGCGAAAUUUUUCAAAUUUAAGCUUGAAAUAUCUUUUAAAAAAUAUGAUUCUAUUUAAAAAAUUAGAGCUAAUCUUCAGUUCUAUAAAACACCUCCACUUCUGUACACACGCAUAUAUAUAUGCACCACAUGAUCAUUUGAAACCAUCUUCUUUUGUCUUUUUUUCUCUGGCAUAAAGUUUUUAGUAACUUUUUUCUAGCUUCUAUCUUUCCAAAGCUAUAGCUUGGCCUAGUUAUGUGUAUACAGAAUUCGGUAAGAAAUUGUACGUGAGAAUACAUUAUGUUGCUGUGUAGUGUGUACCUACAUACAUAUUAUCUGUACCUCUGCAGAUAUGUCGCAUUAUGCACAUACCUUACAUCCGAUUAUAUGUACAGAUAUAGGAUAUGCAGUGGUUGCUGAGUUUAGAUAAACCAAUGCAUUGAUUGAAUAUGCUCGUAAAUUCUCUAUACCAUGAAUAUUAGUAUGUAUCCAAAUAUAUUUUGUAAAUUUCCUACUAAUAUAUGUAAGAAAGUACAUGUAGCAAUUCUUGUUUUGACUUUAAUAACAAUUUACAUUUAACAAUUAGAAUUUAGGAAAGUCGCCUCUAUAAUUUAAAUAGAGCAGAUUAAACUCUUCAUAUAUAAUGAUUCCAGUUUUCACGCAAACUCAUUUCAUAAAUUAACUUCAGCUAACUAAAAAAUAAGAUUAGCCAAUAUAAAUAAACCUAGAUUUAUAUGCGAAUAACACAAAUAAUAAUUAACACGGUUACGGUUUCUGCUUUAUGCCUAAUAAUAUUUGUGAAUAUAUGUAUCUACGUUCUUCGUUUUAACCGACUUCUUUUCUUCAAUAUUAUAUGAUCUUAAAAAGAAAGCCUUAAGCUAGAGCUAGAAAAGUACGAUCACGUAAUAAUUCUGAAACCAAUAUGUAUCAAUUAAGAAUCUCAAUUCUUACUGUACCCUACUGUACUUAAAAGGAUGUCGCGACAAAUAUCUCCAGCAGGUAAACGCAUUAAUUGUAAGUUCAUGAUCCUUCAUACAUAUAUAUGGAAAGCAUCUUUUUUCAACUUUUAAAGGGAAUGUUCUAAAUUGUAAUUUUCCUCCUUAAAAUGUUCGAAACAAACAGCUCCUGCUUUUUGUGAGCUAUAAUUUCAAUAAAUUCAGUGCCUCAAUCAAGCUACUUUCUUUUCCUUAAUAUUUUUAGAUAAACUAAAAAAUAAAUAUUAUAUUUUUCUUGUUUUAUUCAAGCUUAAACGUCAACAUUAUCAAUUCAAGAUUGUCUAAUAUUUUCUAUUUGAUAAUAAAGCAUCAUAUAUAACAAAUUGUUGCCUACUUUUGUUGAUCAAGUAUGUAUCUGUAAGCACUUUUGCAUGCAACGAAAUAAUAUAUUAUCAGAUACUAGUAUUUAUUGCUAUGUAGCAUAACCUGCCUUGAACUUUAGACUGCUAGCCACUGUCGGGAUAGUAGAAAUCGUAUCAGAAGUUGUAUUUGCAUGAAUUAUUCGAAGUUGAACCACUAGUGUGUGUUUCGGCGUAUUAUAGACCUCUGGUAGCAGAGUGACAAGGUUGGCACUACAUAAAUACUUAACGCUAUCUAAUAUAACUGAAAUCAAAACAAUGAAAAGAAACAUGUCCUCAAAUGUCUUCUCAAUUAAUUUAGAAACAUUUUGUCAUAACAAGCAAAAUGUGUAUAAUUGAUGUUUUGGAAAUAACGUAAUAUUUUUUCUCAAUCCAUGGUGAUAAUUUUGUACAGAGCGAUGUCUUCGCUUACUUUGAGUAAAUUAAAAAAAGUGCCGAUAGAGAAGAUUGAUAAACGGCGAAAAAAAAUUAACCGGUUUGAUGGAUUAACGGAAGAAGAAGUGCAAAAACAUACUUUGCCAGAUUAUUUGGAAAUGAAUUUAGAUAUAGUUUUCGUCGGUAUAAACCCAAGUUUAAUGGCAGCCCAUCGUGGUAGAUAUUACGCUGGUCCAGGUAAUCAUUUUUAUAAACUUCUGCAUGAAUCAAGACUAACACCUCGGUGUUUAAGUUACGAAGAAGAUUAUAAACUUCUUCAGUUUAGAAUUGGUUUAACAAACAUAGUAGCUCGAGCUACAAAGUCUUCUGCUGAUUUAAAGCGUACAGAGAUCAAAGAGGGUUCUAAAAUUGUAGAAGAAAAAUUAACACUUUAUAAGCCAAAGAUUGCUGUUUUCAAUGGCAAAUGUAUCUAUGAAGUAUUUGCUAAUAAAAUAGAUAAUUUCAAUUUUGGAUUGCAACCAGAAAAAGUUGAUGAAACUGCAAUUUGGGUCACCCCAUCAAGUAGUGCGCGUUGUGCAAAUUUUCCAAGAAUGACAGACAAAUUACAUUUCUUUACUUCCUUGAAAAAAUAUUUGCAGUUCCUAAAGGGAGAAAUUAAAGAUAUUGAUAUGAAAGAAUUCCUGUUCGAAGGAAAAUGCAAACAGUUUAUUCCACAAACGUCAAAAAUGUGGCGGCGAAAAAAUAUGUCUACAUUCCUACAUGGAGGAAGAAUUGCUAAUAAAGAUACAAUAUGUCUAGAUACAUCUGAUGAAAAUGUAGCAAUAGCACAUAGUACAGAAUUCAUUGUAAAGAAGCUUGAACCUGAUAAAAGUGAUAAAACUGAUAAAAUACUUGAUACAGAUGAAUCUGAUUCAUCACAAAAUUUUGAGGCAUAUAUUUCUCAAGAUAUUGUAAAAACAUUUUUUGGAAAUGAUAGCUCUUCACAAAAAGAACAAUCACUAGCUGUAGAGAAUAUAAAAAUCAAACAACCCAACAAUCAAGCUAUAACCAGUGAUAUAAAAAAAUCUAAACGCCAAACAAACAGGAAGGAGAAAAAGACUGUUAAAAGAUUUCCUAACAAACCACUUAGAAGUAAAGAUCUUGAAAAUAACACUAAUGAUUUUAUAAAUUUGAUAAAACAAAGACUGAUAGAAAAACCAAACAAUUUUGAUGAAUAGAUUAAAUGUGUUUUAACUUAUAACAUUAGUUAUUAGUAGCAUAUAAUUCAAUUAUAAUAUAAUUUAAUAUUAAAAUAAUUCAAUAAAAAUAGAAAUAGGAUACAGAUGUAUAAUAUCUCUUGCAUGGAAGAUUGGCAUCUUUAUACUUUAUAUUUUUAUGUUUUGUACAAAACUGAAAUUGUGGUAAUGAUAAAAUUUUAGGUAAUAAAACUUAUUAUAAAGAUAUUUAAG